AUAGGUGGAGGCUGAAUAACGUUUCUUCCAAAUAAGUUGGCCAUCUCAGGCUUCUAGUUUUUCGACAAACGACACGUUUUUUCCUUUGAAAGUUAAUGUUACCUUGUUUUUAACGUAUCCUCGAUUAACAAAUAAAUAUUUGACUUGGAUACUUGACAGCUGAAAGGGUUAUUUGAACAGCAGCGGCCCACAUACAAGUGCAGUACGCCAGAGGGUCUUUGCACAGUCAAUAUAAUCUGGCUAUGGAAACCACCAGCCUACCAGCCUCUGCCAUUUUUCUGACUUUUUUCGUAGCCAAUUCGCUACGUGAGGUGCUCUCUGAAAUAAACGCAACAGCCUGUCAAAGUGUAUACGCAUCGAACUUUUCUCUUACCUUCAACGCAGAAUGGAGUCCGCAGAAUUUUCCAAAGCAGUACCCGAUUUAUCGUCCCCCAGCACAAUGGUCUCGGCUUUUCGGCUGUUCUCACAAGUCACCGGAUUUCAUUUGGACUGAAGGUGGGCUGGCAUCGCCAGGGCUUAAAGUGUUUGUUGAAGAUGGUAAUUAUGAACUAUUGGCAAAGGAACUGGAAUCAGAUACUUGCUUCUUGAUAGAUGCCAUUAAAGCGGGAGUAGGAAAGCAGAGCAGCACCGUCACUCUGAUGCCUGACUCUCCUCUGAUUUCCAUCUUGGCCCGCAUAAUUCCAAGUCCAGAUUGGUUUGUUGGAGUCAACAGUCUGAAUCUUUGCAAAAGUGGUCAUUGGGAGGAAGUUGUGAUUUUUGAUCUUUAUCCUUGGGAUGCAGGAACAGACAGUGGUUUUGUUUUUUCUUCUCCAAAUUUUGCCACUGAGCCCCAAGAACCAAUUUCCCCCAUUACAGCACAAAGUCCUGCUCAUCCUGCCAAUUCUUUUUACUAUCCUCGUUUACAAAAAUUACCAAGAUUGGGCUAUUUAGAGUUUCGUCUGUUAUCUACACAAAUGGUUAACUACAAUGAAAGCUUGAUGGAUAGAGAAGCCAAUCAAACCAAACCAUCUUUUGCCCAGAGGACAGAAAAGGAGUCUUCUAUCAACAGUGGAGUUGUUAAUGAAAAUUCAGAAAACAAGGCAAUGAAAGGUACACCUCUAGACUGUGAGGUGUCUGAAUGGUCACCUUGGGGAUUGUGCAGUCACACCUGUGGCAGUGGGUUGCGUCAAAGAACACGUUACAUUCUUCUACAGCCUGCAAAUGAUGGAGAACCCUGCCCUGAGCUGCUUCUCCUGGAACAAUGUGAAGAAUUCUUGUGUCCUUCAUCAUAUGUGACGGAGCCACCUGCCAAUAUGAAACAAAACACCACUGAAGCCCAAACAACUGAACUUUCUUCAGCAGUUGAUGUGCCGCCUACAAGUGAAACUUUAGCUUUUGGUGAAUUCCUGCAAAAUCAGAAUGAUAGCAGAAUGAUUUUGGAUGAAGAAAUGAGAUAUACAAAUCUUAGCUUAAAUCAUAAUUCUACAUUUCUAAUAUAUAACAGAAGCAUUGUGAAUAUCUCAAUCUCCCCUUGACAGCCCAUACCCAUUCAGCAUCAGUUGAGUGGCAAAUGGAUUCCCCUCUUUUAUUUGAAGAUUUUGUUUACAUGUCAUUUAAUAUAUGGGAAUUCAUUCUUUUUGUUCUGUUACCUUAUGUGUUUUUGUGUACCUUUAUUGUUAAAAUACUGUAUUACAUAUUAUAAAAGUGUGUUUUGAAUGUACAGUAAAUAGAUGCAUAAAUGAAUUGCAGAAAACUGUUCUAUGCUUUUUAACUCACAGAGCAAAUAGUUAGCAGCAAAUUAUAAUGUUCAAUAGUCUAACUUUUUACUUUUCUGUCAUCUUUAAAUUUUAAGUCUAUCUAAAAUAAAGGACAGAAAUGUUUACAAUUUGCUCAAAAUGUAAA